AUGGCCCGGGGUCCUGGCCCUCUAACUCGGCCUCGCCCCGAAACGGUCGUCAUGCCCAAGAGAGGGAAGCGACUCAAGUUCCGGGCCCAAGACGCCUGCUCAGGAAGAGUGACCGUGGCGGAUUAUGCAAACUCGGAUCCAGCCGUCGUGAGGUCCGGAAGGGUCAAGAAAGCUGUCGCCAAUGCUGUUCAGCAGGAAGUAAAAUCUCUUUGUGGCUUGGAAGCCUCCCAGGUUCCUGCAGUGGAAGCUCUUUCUGGGGCUGGUGAGCCCUGUGACAUCAUCGACAGCAGUGGUGAGACUGAUGCCCAGGAGGAAAGCAUCCAUGAGAGAACUAUCUCCAGAAAAAAGAAAAGCAAGAGGCACAGAGAAGACCUGGACGGGACUGGAGGAGAAGAGUAUCCCAUGGAUAUUUGGCUAUUGCUGGCCUCCUAUAUCCGUCCUGAGGACAUUGUGAAUUUUUCCCUGAUUUGUAAGAAUGCCUGGACUGUCACUUGCACUGCUGCCUUUUGGACGAGGUUGUACCGAAGACACUACACACUGGAUGCCUCUCUGCCUUUGCGCCUGCGACCAGAGUCAAUGGAGAAGCUGCACUGUCUUCGGGCAUGUGUGAUCCGAUCUCUGUACCAUAUGUAUGAGCCAUUUGCUGCUCGAAUCUCCAAGAAUCCAGCCAUUCCAGAAAGCACUCCUAGCACAUUAAAGAAUUCCAAAUGCUUACUUUUCUGGUGCAGAAAGAUUGUUGGGAACAGACAGGAACCAAUGUGGGAAUUCAACUUCAAGUUCAAAAAACAGUCCCCAAGAUUAAAGAGCAAGUGUAUGGGAGGAUUGCAGCCUCCCAUUCAGUACGAAGAUGUUCAUACCAACCCGGACCAGGACUGCUGCCUACUGCAGGUCACCACCCUCAAUUUCAUCUUCAUUCCAAUUGUUAUGGGAAUGAUAUUUACCCUGUUUACUAUCAGCGUGAGCACGGACAUGCGGCAUCAUCGAGUGAGACUGGUGUUCCAAGAUUAUCCUGUCCAUGGUGGUCAGAAACUGCGCAGUGAACAGGGUGUGCAAGUCAUCCUGGACCCAGUACACAGCAUUCGACUUUUUGACUGGUGGCAUCCUCAGUAUCCGUUUUCCCUGAGAGCAUAG